AUGGCGCCGUCGUCCUCUAGCGGCUCUGACCUCACGGGACCGCGCGACCCCGGCCCCGCGGCGCGCCGCGUGACGCAGCUGCCUGUGCUGCAGGUGGACGAGGGCUUGGGGCGGCCUUGCACCGCGGGCUUCUGGAACAGCCGCAUCAAGACGCAGCUGGUGCAGCCGGCGGCGCCCAGACCUGAGCGCUUUGACCUAACGUCACACACAGGCUCGCUCAUGUACAUGGCCCCAGAGGUGUACAGGAAGGAAGUCUACGAUGAGAAAUCAGAUGUCUACUCCUUUGGUGUCAUCCUGUAUGAGGUUCUGCACAAGUAUAUGAUGCUCAGUGCCGUCUGCACCACAGGGACAGAGGCAGAGAUUGAGGCCUACGCGCGGAGCGUCGCUGACGGCUACCGGCCCCCCAUCCACGACCACUGGCCCCAGCCGGUGAAGGACCUCAUUCGGGCCUGCUGGGCCCCAGAGCCCUCGGACCGCCCCUGCAUGAACGAGGUUGUGUCGCGGCUGACUGCGAUCCAAGAUUUGGGGGGCCUCAGCACGAAACACCAAGUCCCUGGAGGUGGCCAGUGCUGCGUCGUCAGCUGA